UUCUAAGAUUGAACAAGAAACGGUACUCGUUGAACCACAACAUGUCUCAGCCAAACGACAUCCCAUCGCUGGACCAAGUGCAUAGCGGUGUACCAGCCCGUCUACGUGACGAUGCCAUAUAUGCCAAAAAAUCGAGCUUUGCCUUGCGAACAAUUCCUCUUAGCAAGCCUCGUCAAGCUCCGCUGAGAUUGCCUCCAGAUACCAGCCGAGAGAAAUUCGAUGCUGCAAUUGUGGCAUUGAAGAAGGUACUUGGAGAAAAAGGGGUGGAGUUGAAUGACAAGCCGCUCGUUGAUGGAUGGUAUAUGGAACAUCCCAAUACCCAUGAUGCAUACCACAUCGUAGACCAGGAAGAGAUGGUUUGUAGUGCUAUCGCAUACCCAUCCACGGUACCAGAGGUCCAAGAGAUUGUGAGAUGGGCGAAUGAGUUCAAGAUCCCCAUCUAUCCUAUUUCUAUGGGGAGAAAUAUCGGAUAUGGAGGUGCUGCACCAAGAGUUCCAGGGUCUGUGGUUGUUGAUUUGGGGAGAAAUAUGAAUAAGGUGUUGAAGCUUGAUGCUAACAACGCUUCUUGUAUCGUUGAGCCAGGAGUUUCCUAUUUCAAGCUGUACGAAGAGAUCAAGAAACAAGGUUUGCCUCUGUGGGUUGAUACUCCAGACCUUGGAGGUGGAAGUGUCUUAGGGAAUGCCAUUGAUCGCGGGGUGGGGUAUACUCCUUACGGCGACCAUUUUGCGAAUCACUGCGGGAUGGAGGUUGUCCUCCCGAAUGGAGAGCUUCUCAGGACUGGUAUGGGCGCCCUUCCCGGAAAAGAUGGCGCCGACAAUCCCACCUGGGGAUCAUUCCAAAACGCAUUCGGACCAUCGGUCGACGGGAUCUUCAGCCAAAGCAAUUUCGGUAUCGUCGUGAAGAUGGGAUUCUGGCUCAUGCCAGAUACAGGCCAUCAAUCAUAUCUGGUCACCUUCAAACGAGAAGAUGACUUCCAGAAGAUUGUCGAAACCAUCCGACCACUUGCUUUGAAGCGAAUUAUAGGGAACGUCCCCCAGCUUCGCCAUUCGAUCCAGGAGCUAGCUAUCACAGGAAAACCAAGGUCAACCUGGUACACGGGCUCCGGACCAAUGCCGCGAGAAGUGAUCAAAGAUGGCGUGAGCAAGUUAUUUUUCGGCGAAUGCGCCUGGGUCUUCUACGGCACACAAUACGGCGAUCCAGACUCGAUUUCUUCCCAGCUGGCCCUGAUCAAAUCCGAAUUCGCUAAAAUACCAGGAAGCAAAUUCUACCUCCCAUCAGACGUCCCAAAAGACCAUUAUCUCCAUCAACGUGCGGAAGUAUGCAGUGGUGUCCCCAGCCUCAAAGAUCUCGAGUGGCUGAACUGGAAGCCCAACGCUGCACACCUCUUCUUUGCACCCAUAACCCCCACCGACCCGAAGGCCGCGUACACAGUACAUUCUAUCAUCGAGAGGCUGUAUGAGAAAUGGGGGUUCGAUAUCUGGCCCACGCUCUGCUUUGCAGGUCGCGAGAUCCAUUAUAUAUCAGUUGUCGUGUAUGAUCGCGGGAAUGAGGAGGAGAAGAGGAGAGCGAGAUGCUUGAUGCGUGAGAUGAUUGCCGAGACUGCAAAAGAGGGGUUCGGAGAAUAUAGGACGCAUCUCCUAUUUGCGGAUCAGGUGGCCCAGACAUAUGGGUGGAAUAACCAAGCGCUGAUGAGAUUUAACGAGACUCUGAAGGAUGCCUUAGAUCCAAACGGUAUUUUGGCGCCGGGUAGGAAUGGGAUCUGGCCCAAGAACUAUCGGGGCAAAGGAUGGGAGCUUCUAGGAGAAAAGGGGAUGGAGUCGGCCAAGGCAAAACUUUAGGAAGGGGCGAAAAUUUGUGAAUCUAGUUGUUUAUAGUAAGAGUAGGGCCGUCCCAUCUUCAUUGAAGUCUUAGGUCCUAGGAAGCAUCUCAGAAGCUGAUAUUUUUCUCCAGU